AGUAGACGAGCUGAUCAAUUUCGAGUCCCCAGAUGCGAACGAAACGGAAGCGUGUUGCCUGCGUUUGAUCUCUUCGUCGACAGACUAUGGGGGGGGAUGAGAAGGGCUGCCUCGAGCGUGCGCGCGCCUUCUCUCUAGCCAUUUUGUCACAAUAUUAACCUUUUGUUGUCAUAUCUUUUCCGAUCGAAUGAUGGCCGUUUCGAUUAAAUAAAACGCGCUGAAGUGUUUGUGAUGCGUUUCGCGAUGUUGGAUUGUUUCGACGUGGUGACAGGGACGGCGUGACGGCGCGAGAUCGAUGCAGCUGGCCGUGGAAUUUAUUAGAAACGCCAGACAACAGUGCCGUCGGGUCGGCCGUUGCUAACGACAAACUGUAUUACGUCAUUUUCGUCCGUUCCGUCUAGUGUUUGAAGUUUAACGGGCAUUUAAAACAAUCCGGUGGUUGAGUGGAGUGAAUCGAGUGGCUUAUCGUGAGUGUGGAACGACGUUUCGGACGAGAAAAUGCGUAUAAUGUAAGCACGGCUGUCGGCUCGCUCGCCCAAGAUGGCUACCGUCGGAAUCCAUUUAGCCCGCCGCGAGUCGUGACAAACAGCCUUUCCCCAUUGAUCGGCGACGGACAACCGUCACAGUCAUGUGUGAGGCCGAGGAGGUGUCCCCGGAGACCUGGUCGCAAUGGUUCCUGGACGCUAUACGGAAAAUCCGGUCGCAAAAGCAACGGCCGAGCGUCGAGCGCAUCUGCCAUGCGAUCCGGCAGCACCACAACUUCCACGAGGACGUCGUCGCCGAAAACCUGGAGGCGGCCGUCAAAUGCGGCUCCGUCCUGAAAGUGUUCAACAAGGGUCAGUCAUCCUAUAAGGACCCCGGCGGCGUCCAGAAUCGCACCCUGAACCUAAACAAAGGCGCCGAUCUGUGCAAAGUGGUGACUAAAUCGGUGCGGGAACUGGGUGAACGCGAGGGAUCGACUUUAAAGUCGAUCGAAAAAUACAUUAGACAAUCGUAUUCGGUGGUCGAGAACACGGACAACGAUCUGAAAGGUGCGCUCAGGUUGGCGACGAAACGUGCGGUCGCCCGGAAUUUCAUAUUGUCGGACGGGAAGACGUUCAAGUACAAUUACAACCAGGGCAGCCCCGGCGUCCGAAGGAAACUGGAACCGAAACAACGACAGGCCGAUCCCUGCGACGAAUAUGAACUGCAAAAGCCUGCCUCAUUGCCGAUCUGUUCGGAGUGCCUGGGUACCGAGUCGAACAACGGCAAAGGCGUCUCAGAAAAAUUGAGCGCCUGUUCAGAGUGCGGCGCCUUCGUUCACCUGAGUUGCACCACCUUGGGUCCCGAACUGGCUGUGCUGCUCUCCAAGGGCGGCAAGUGGUUCUGCGAGGAUUGUAAAGUGUGCGACGGAUGCGGUAACACGGGUGUGUCGACUUGUUUGCUGUGCUGCUGCAGCUGCGACCGCAACUAUCACAUGGGCUGUCUCAACCCGCCGGCCGAGAAGAAGCCCAAGUGUCCGUGGCGGUGUCGUCAUUGUCUCGCCCAUCACGACAACGGUGCCAGGACGCCGUCCACCCCCGCCAACAAAAAAAUCGACAAGGUGCGCGAGAAGAACAAGGAACGCAACGCCAAAACCCCAUCUGCAGUCGGCGGUCAUCCAACGGAGACGCCGUCGACGCCGUCAACCGGCGUGGGAAAGACGCCGCUGCGCAGGGCCGGCAGGGUGCCGGCCGUCGGCGACGAUCCGGACUCCGACGGUGACGACUCCAGUGACUUUGAGGGUACGACAUCUCCUCAUCCAACAAACAACAACCCCACCACCACCACCACCACCAUCACCAACAACACACGCGGCUCCCCCUCCCCAUCCGAAACCCCGUCCCCAUCCCGAUCCCCGCAGCGACAGACGCCGGCACAGCCGCCGCCUUCCGACGCGCUCGAAACGAACGAUCGCAUGUCGAAGGAGAAGCAAAAGUUUUUCCGGUUGAGCGCGUUCAACGCGGACAAGAAACGGGAAAAGCGGCUGCUGCAGCCUAAGAACCAACAGGAACUGGACAAAACGGAACAACAGCCUAAGAAAGAUGCCGGCUCCAGGUUGAAGGAAAACGCCAAGAGGCCGGUGCAACCUGUCAAGAAAGUGCAGGUGUGCAGGCAGAAGAACGGUGUCAAAAAAGAGAUUCCCGCUCCUUCACCGGCCAAAAGCUGCCCGAAACAAGUCAGUAAUAAAAUUGUACCCGCUCCGCAACACGAUAAAAAAGUCGUGGGAGCGAAAAAGAAGCCCGAAAACAAAAUUGAGGAGCCAAAAUUAUCGGAGAGUUCGUCGGAGUGUAGCAGCUCGAGCGACGACGACGAUGACUCUUCCGAUGAUUCUGACUCUGGUUCUACUUCGUCCAGCAAUUCUGAUUCUAGAAUGAGCAUAGAUAAAAUUCCGGGCAAUAUUUUCAGUAGCAGCAAUAACAAAGUGGAAACAUUCGGUAGUAUAAGCGGCAUAACUGUUGAUAAAGAUGUACCUUGGGGCUUUGCGGCGGCAGCCGCCGAAGCACAAAAGAAAGACGGUCUUUAUGCUUUCGGAAAUACAUCCAGACAUGACGACAACUUUGAUAAUUCUCGUCUGCAGGCGGACGAAAAGAACGGCAAUAAAAGCUUGGACAAAAGUCAGGCAACGAGGGUAGGCAUAGGACAAUUGAAAAGUUUGUUCGACGGGUUGUCGCACUUAUUCGCGCCUCCGACAUCGAACAGAGCUUCGAGAGGCAGCGCCCCCAACUACAACCCCAACAGAAGAAAGCCUAAAGAGAACGAGGUGCAACGGAAAGAAUCUAAAAUCGAAAGGUUAAGGGACAGAGACACGCUGUCCAAGCCCAAGGAUGUGCAGAAACCUAAACGAAGAGAACAGGAACUUAAAUUGGAGCCGCCGGCGAAAGUCGUAAAAGUCGAAGACGAGGAAAAAAUGGAUUGUUCCCGUCCCGAUCCGCCCGUUCACACCGUACUACUCCCCCGGUCACCACUCCCUUCCGCUCCCCCGUCGACGGUGCCUAGUAGCAGCGACUGUAGCUCGUGCGUGGUGUCGCCCAGCGGCAUGGUAAAGCGGGCUGUGAACUCGAAACAGCUUCAGCCGGCAGACAGCAACAGCAGGAAGCUGGCGAAGGGCGAGGCGUUGGCCGCGGCCGCCGCAGCAGCCCCCUCCCGGGCGGCGGACGCAUGCGACGUCAAAAAACGCCCACCGCCCACCACGGCCACGACAGUGGCGGCGCCGUUUGCCAACAGUCAGACGGAAGCGGAAACGGUGAAGCCGCAACAGCUUCCGCCCGGCGUCACGCACAAGGACGUGGAAUUGUUCAAGGAGACGAGGGAGAAGGCGGCCGCCGCCGCCCAAAGUGCGGCCGGACUUGUGCCCGACGUCGGUUUCUCGUCGCCGUCGCAGGCGAUGGCGGCGCAGGACCGGUGUCCGGCUGCCAUCGAGUUCGGAAAGUACGAGAUCCAGACGUGGUACUCGAGUCCCUUCCCCCAAGAGUAUGCCCGUUUGCCGAAACUGUUCUUGUGCGAGUUUUGUCUCAAGUACACGAAAAGCAAGGCGGUGCUGGAACGGCACCAGGACAAAUGCACGUGGAGACAUCCUCCUGCCACGGAGAUUUACAGGUGCGGCGAUUUGUCGGUGUUCGAGGUAGACGGCAACGUGAACAAGAUAUAUUGUCAGAACCUGUGUUUGCUGGCGAAACUCUUUCUAGAUCACAAAACCUUGUAUUACGAUGUCGAACCGUUCCUCUUUUAUGUAUUGACACAGAAUGACAAAAAGGGUUGUCAUCUCGUAGGUUAUUUCAGUAAGGAGAAGCACUGUCAGCAAAAAUACAAUGUAUCAUGCAUUAUGACGAUGCCACAGUACCAGCGACAGGGUUUCGGUCGAUUUCUGAUUGAGUUCAGUUAUUUGUUGUCUAAAGAGGAGGGUCAACCCGGCACACCCGAAAAACCUUUAUCUGACUUGGGCAAAGUUUCUUAUCACGCAUACUGGAAAUCUGUUGUAUUAGAGUACUUUCACAAGCACCGCUCCGAAACCGAGUCGAUUAAAUUAACGGAUAUUAGUAAAGAAACUGGCAUGUAUUGCCAAGACAUUUCUCUAGCCCUCCAACUGUUAAACUUCAUCAAAUACAUACCGACUGACGGCGGCAUGAAACCAGUACUGAUCGUGGAUUGGGCAGUAGUCGAUAAACAUGCGGAACGCGUAGCUAAGAGCAAAACACGUCUGUACAUUGACCACGAAUGCUUAAGAUGGACGCCUUUACUCACGACCAGCGUAAAUCCGUUCCGAGAAUCGGACACCGAGAAGGAGAACAGCAUAACGGCGGAUAUUGUCGUGCCUGUACCAGAAAAAAUAAUUAUCGAAUCUCAACCCGGCGUUAAACUGAAGCGUGGCAAGAAGAGAAGAAUCUCUACCGCUCCGCCUAGGACACCCAAGAAUAUAAAAACUCCCUCCGUCGAACUUGCCGAGAAAGAUGUCGUUGAAGAGGUAGAAAUCACGUCGUCGGGCAGGAAGAGGACUAGACCGAUUAAAUUCAAUGAGACUACGUACGCGGAUAUUAAACCCAAGACAUCGGCUGCAACAGAGAACAAUCUGAAGCGCAGACAAGUCAAUAAUGAUUCUUCUGUUAGCGAAGUAGAGGUGGAGAAAAAGAAAAUGAAGGUGGAUACGCCCGUAACUGAGCUUAAAACACCAAAGAGAAAUAACUCUAAAGCUGUGACCUCUGAAGAAUCACCCAAAGUGACGGAACCUGCUUCGACAACCAGACCAAAGAGAACCACUUCCAAGGAGAAGGUCGUCGGCGAGAGAUGGUCGCAGAGGAGGGUGAAGAAACAGUUGGAACUGGAAGAGGCUAAAAAGAAGGAGGAACAAGAGAAGAUCGAAGCCGACAAGACUCCAGAACCACAGCCCACCAAAGAGCUAUCGCCCUCUCCUACGGCAAUCGUGGAAGAGUCAACGAAACCUGAAGCCACAGCAUUGUCAAUAGUCGCGACAUCAACACCGCUGCCGAAACGAAAGCCAGGUCCGAGGAAGAAGCGCGGCUGGGUGAAAGGCAAGAUGCGAAAACCGGUCGCUGAGACUGGAACUCCAAAGAAACAGCUCACUUUGCCCGAAUUAAUGAAGUCAAAACUACAACCGAAGGAUAGCGAAAGUGAUUCAUUGAUUUCAGAAAAAUCGGACGACGAACCUCCGCCGCAACCAGUUAAGAAAGAGUCUCCGCCGAUCGUUGUGACUCCAGAGAAACAAAGGGAGAGGCCGAAGAGCGUGAAGGAGAAAAUAAAACGGCCAUCUAGGAUUAGUACCGAAGAAGAUUCUAGCGCUGAAGCGGACGACGAGAUGGAAAACGAUGAGUUGGCACCCAAGUCUGCUACUCCCACUAAAUAUAAGUUCUCCAAAACGACUAGUUCGCCCAAAGACAAAGCCGACUGUGUCAAAAAAGAUCUGAGUUCACCUCUCAAGUCUUCUCCAGAAAAGAUCGGAGAGAGCAAGGAUGGUGUAAAGGAGAAGACUAAAUCUCCCACAUAUUUCACUACGUCGGAGUCUGAAACUGAAAUCGAUGGACAGAAAAUAAAAACGAUUUCACAUAAGGAAAUCCUAAAAAUCACUCAACCCAGCACUACGUCCUUGAAACAAGAGGAAGUGAAACAAGAUGAGUUACCUAAAAAGGAGGAAAGUACCGUUAAAGUGGAAGAAAGUGUAGAGAAAAAGUCGGACGAAAGUGAUUUGGUUAAAUCCAAAGAGGAAACUGAAUCGAUGGAAGUUGAUGAUGUUGAAUCCGGAAGGAAGUCCAUCGACAUGGAAAUCGAAAAAAUCGACGAGAGCAGGGAUAAUUUGAUUGAAGCCAGGGAAAUACCCGAAGAAAAGCCAAUGAAAACUGAACCCGUUGCACCUGCCAAAGUCGAAUCUUCGAUGCCUCCAAAACCAGCCGAGGAGUGCGAACCAGUUCGUAACGAACAAGAGGCCCCUCCUAAACCAGAGACUGUCGAAAAAGAAGAACAGAAGCAAGUCGUCGAGCCUCAAGUUGAAAAUGUGGAGAAAUCUGUUGCUCAACCGGUUCAGAAUGAACGUCCAAAUGCCAAGGAGAUUGUACCAGUAUUGGAAAGACCCUUGGAUACACCUGUGAUUGAGAAACCCCAAGAGAAACCGAUUGAUAAACCCGAACCCGUUAUAAAUCAAGUCGAGAAACCCCCAGUCGUAAGUAAUCUACCUCCUCCUCCGCCCGUACUGAACGUACCUCCCCCACAACCAGCGGUCAGCACGCACCUACCGCAGCCUAUAGUCACCGUACCGUACUCUCAACCUGUAAUGAAUGUGCCGCCUCAACAGCCUGUGGUUAGCGUGCCGCCUCCUGUGGUCAACAGUCUUCAGUCGCCUGUGAUCAACAAUGUGCCGAUAAUAACGACCUUGCCUCAAGCGGUUAGCUCUGCGUCGUACCCGAUGGACAGGCCAGCGGUUGUUAAUGCAACUCCAGCUAUUGUUAAGCCCACAGAAAAAAGAAGUCAUGAAAAAUUAGCGGAAAGUAAACCAACUCCGUCUCCAGUUAUUGAAAAAUCUAAGUAUCCAAAGCCAGAGGAGCCAAAGUCGAUGCACCAUCAACCCAGAGAAGAUCAUCGACCGCAAUACAAGCCUGAGCCCCCGAAAAUGGAAAGUAAACCACCCAAAGUAGAAAAGUACGAUGACAAGCAGCUGUAUCACCAGAAAUUGCAGGAGAAACAACCUGCCUAUGAUCCGAAAAAGCAUCUGGAACAACACGAACAACUACUGGCCUCGAUUACUUCACAGAAUUAUAUGGCGCAAGCGUCGUAUAAUCCACAGUGGUGGGCUUGGCAAAAGUACUACGAUCCGACGAAGCGUGAUUAUCAGGGUUAUCCGAUGCAUUUACAGUUCCCACCGAUGGACAUACUCUCAAAACAACAGAUGCCCAGCUGCGAAAAGGAAAAGAUGCCGAAACAGCAUCGGUCGCACGAGUCAAAGCACUCGCAACCACAGAGCAGCAGCAAAAGCAAAGAAAGUAGGGAAAAGGUGUCGCCUAAAAAGGAGGACAAAUCCAGACAAAAAGUGGACGAACAUAAGCCGUUGCAAAAUUCAUCGUGUUCGAUGCCAAACCACCAUCAGCAACCCAAGCACUGCACUAUUAGUCCGGAAAAGCCGAAGAACAAGGACGGGAAUCCGGAUGACGGGAACAAUAAGGAGAUGGAAGCGCAGCAACAGAUGCAGUCGUCCGUUAAGCAAACGCCUUCUACCCCUUCGGCGCCGGAUAUUCCGUCCAUGGGUGUCUACACUCCGGACUCCACUACCAAUUCCGUUCACAGUCUGCACUAUGGCCAGUGCGACUUGGACGUCGCGCAAUUGGGUCUAGAGUCACCGGCAUCGAUCAGCAGCGAUAUGGCGUCUCAGAAUUCCGUUGAGCCAGUUCGACCACCUUCCGCCGUUUCGAGUCACGGACAGCAACAGCAACAACAACAGCAGCAGCAGACGAAUUACGAUUGUACUGUUCAGCACAACAUGCAGCAAAAUAUGCAACAGAAUGCUUCUGUACCGGCUCGCAGUCCCAGUCUCAACAGCACCUCGAUGCAAAUAUCACAACAACAACCUCAACAACAACAACAACAGCCACAACAACCACCUCCACAACAACACCAGAGUAGUUCGAGCAAGCGCCAAAUGCAGCAGCAACGUUCCAACCGUUCCAACACACCAUCAUCCUCUUCUUCGUCCAGCAAACAACAUCAGGGCGGCGGAAUGUCGAGGUCAACUCCACCCUCCGCCGCUCAACAACAUGUCCAACAACAACAACAACAACAAAACGGUGGCAGACAUCAAAGAGCUACGCCUCCGGUACAACAGCACGUGCAACAGCAGCACAUGCAACAGCAACCGAGUCCGACGCAACAGGCGCAGAAUGUGCACAGUCAGCAACAACAACAAUUUCUGCAUCAGCAAGUUGUGCACCAAGGAUACGGUCACACGCAGUUAGGCGCGUCACCUAUGCACCACAAUCCUCACCAUCCGCACCAUUCAGUGAUUGGUCAGGGCAGUUACAUACCGGUAACAGCGGUAAACGCGCAGGUGUUCUCGUCGCAGGCGACCGGAAGUACUUACGUGAAUGUACCGCCUAUGACCACCGUCAUUCAGCAACGCAUGGGUGCUGGUGUGCAGGCGGGGGUUGGCGGACCUUUGGGCACUGCCCCGUCCCACCAGAAACUUGCGCCGUCCCCUAAUUGUGCUGUUUCUACAGGAAACUUUUACAUACAAACGAAUCCACACGGGCAUUCACACACCCCAGGGCCGACUCCCACCCCGACGCCGUCUAUUCAGCCGAAUGGGGGCCAGCCAGGCGGCGGCAACUCGAGUUGCAGCUUGGCAAAACUGCAACAGCUGACCAACGGUCUGGAAAUGAUACCGCCCACCUCGUGCAACACAAUGACACCUCCACCCACGGCGAUGACACUCACGCCACCGCCUCAUCAUCCACAUGCGACAAUGACGCCGCCUCCGCCACCCUCGCAUCAGAUGAUCCAAAAUCAAGGCAGGAACUUGACGCCACCGACCGCUUUACCGUUGCAACAACAAGUACUGGGCUAUCACAAGUAUUAUCAAUCCGGGAUGAACGUGAACCAGUUGCCGGGUUCGGUGACGCCUCCAAUUGGUCAAAAUUUAGGACGAUCGGGCCGCAAUUCAUCGAACGUGCCGCCGAUGCAGCAUAUGCAAUCGCCUAGUAGUCGAGUUAGUCCUAACGUCACCCUCAAUCCGAACGUCAUGUACAACUACCGCAUGACGCCGCAACAGACGGCGGGUGCGGUCACCGGUUAUAUAACGAACACGGCGGCCGGAUUCAUAAACAAUCCGCAGAUCCCGAUGCAAAUGAUGAACAUGGCCCAGUCACAGUAUCAGGAUCCGGCGGCGAUACAACGGGCGGCGCAACAGAACACGAUGUACACUUACAGUUACAUUAACGGUGGUAUGCUGCAAUCCCUGAACGGGACCAUGAGACGUUGAAACCGUUAAUUUAUAAACCCCCACAACCCACCCCGGUAGUUUGUAGUGAAUGAUGCCUUAAAUUGUGUAAGGUGUAAUUAAUUAAUCUUAAGAAUAGGGCUGUGCUGGCUUCUGAUUAAGUUUUACUUGUGUAUUUUGAUCUGAUGUAAAUAUUAUGAACGCGUUACGAAGACCUGUUGGAUAAUCGGAAUUGUGUAACGGAUUCGGCAGGUCGCCGUAUGUUGAUUUUCACCUCGAGUUUACUUGUUGUGUUUGAUUUGACCUGCUACAGGUCGCGAAUAGAUAUUUUAUCAAAUCUUGAAAUAUUUUGUCAUAUUAUAAAUAUUAAUGUUUUCUCUAGAUUUUACAUGUAUGAAGAUUUUUAAUAUGUACCUUAAAAAGUAUUUAUUUAUUUGUAUUAUUGUAAAAUAAUUGUACAAUACUGUGAAUUAUGAUAUACAGGGACAAGGUCUUACUUUAUAGUUGUUUAACACGUCUUUUUUUGUAAAGUUUUGUUACUUUAAUACACUAACCAAACAAUGUAAUCACCCACUAACCCUCGUUUAGUCUAGUCUAAACUAAAAAAUCACCAGCCACUCAAACAUUAGCUAACCACAAGACUACAGUCUAGUCGUUAACGUUUUUCCUUGCAAUUUACAAAAUUGUAUUGGUUAGUGUGUUUUCUAUGUUUAUCAAUGCAAUAGGUAAAACAGUUGAUAAUCAAAAACAUAGAUUAAGUGUUUGAUGUUUUUAUCACAUUAUCCUUUUUAUGUACAGCACUGUGAUUAGUUAGUUUUAAUUUUUAUGAAGUAAAUUCUGUUUUGCUGUAAAUUUUAAAUUUGUAUUAUUAUACAUGAUAUUAAAAAUGUUAGUUUUUA